AUUUUGACAACCACAUCCGCGAUGUGAAACUUACACUUUCCGGCAGAAGCGAGCAGCCGACAUGGAGAACGCGAGCAACAGAAACAUUUGGAGUAAAUAAAAAUUUACAAACUUAUCCAGUUGGAGAUUCUGAAGACUGUUUAUUCUUGAAGCAAUUGCUAUCAUAAGUGACUUGCUUCAUUCCACAGCCAUCAAAUAUGGAGAAGGUGGUCAACAUCACAAAAGCUUCCACAAUAUGCAACAUUUUUUAUGUUUUUUUGUCUGCAGCCAAAGCCUCUCUGUUACCCUUUCUCACACUCUUUUUUCGCCUUGUAGGAUUGAGUGCUUGGGAAACAGGAGUUGUUAUGGCAGCAAAAACGUUGACAAGUUUUGUUUGGGCCCCUCUGUGGGCUCGCUGUGCUGUGACUUACAACAAACGUAGACUGGUUCUAAUUUUUUCGAUUUUUAUGAUGGGCAUCAUGUACCUGUCUUUUAUACCUGUCUACUACAAGGUGGGUACACUUCCAGCUUGUGCACAGCAGAAUCUUAAUGGUAGUUUGCAAGGCAACAUCUCUGCACCCACAUUACAAAAAGGGACACAAGAUGAAGGACAUUCAAACAGGUGGCACAGCCAACUGCCACCUGUAAGUAACACUACUACAGCUUCCAAGUUCCCUACUACAGUGAGAGGAGGCUUGAAUAAGACCUUCCCUUCAUACACAUUAUCAACGCCAGUCAGUGUUACAAGGGAGCGGAAUGAAGCCUCAAAUGAUACUCAUUUUUCAUUUUCUACUGAGCCAACCCAGAUGGCAUUUCAUCGCUCAGGACCAGGUCCCCAAGUUCCAGUGCCAGGUUCAGAAGGAAGCCAACAGCUGCAUGGUCCUACACAUGUUCUCACAGAAGAAGAGAGAGUACUCUUGAAUGAUAUAGAUAAGAGACUGAAAAGUGAAGGAUAUACUUUGCAGGAAAUCGAGGAUAUUCCACCAGAAGACAUGGUUGAAAUAAUUAGAAAGCUUAAACCAGAGGAAAAUUUAAAACAUCUCAGGUCUGUUAAUCUUAUCAAAAGUGCCAAGGCUUCUGCAGCACAGAAACCACAAGAGCCAGAUAGUCAUUUACACAGCAGGCAUGCACGCAAUCUCAAUAUUACCUUAUGGAACACUAUGAAAGAAAGGUUCAGCAUCUUGGCUUUAGGGCUAGAACAGAAGAAGCUUAUUUUAUUCCUUGUCAUUUUGCUUAUUGUCAUUUUUGGUGAGUUCUUUAGUUCUCCCAUUGAAAAGAUUGCUGAUGAUGCAUGGUUUGAUUUUUUAGAGAGGAUUGAUGACAUGGAGAAGUAUGGGCAACAGCGAUACUGGGGUUCCUUUGCUUUUGCACUGGUGCCAAUCGUGGUGACCAUGCUUGUGGACUACACACCAUGUGAAGUUUUACAUCUGCAUCAUUUCCUCCUCCACUUCCACAUUUUUGGAAUUUUUAUCAUCUUCACAUUUGCCACGGCAUUCUACUUUCCCAUGCCACCACCCUUGAAGCAGAAAUACGUUAGCAAAGUUCUGAAAGGAUUUCGCAUCAUUUGCUGUGAAUGCCGUGGCUUCCUGUUUAUCUUCACGCUUUUUAUAGCAGGCAUGCUGUAUGCCUCUUUUAACAACUUUCUGUUCUGGCACUUACAGGAUUUAGGAGCCAGUGAGCUGACACUGGGGCUGUGUGUGUCAGUAGCUGCCUUUGCGGAGACACCAAUGCUACUUCUGAGUGGCAAGCUGGUCAGAAAGAUAGGCAAUGUCUGGGUGGUUGCACUGGCUUUGUUGGUGCUUAGCUUGCGGCUUUUGUAUUAUGGAUUCCUGUGGACACCAUGGGCAGUGCUUCCCAUGGAACUUUCAAAUUCCUUCACCCAUACAGCUCUUUGGUAUGCAAUAUUGAGUUACAGUGAAUUUAAUGUAGCCCCUGCCACAGAUCGUAGCAUUCGUUCCAUUCUGUCCUCAUUUUACUUUGGGCUUGGGUUUGCAGCAGGCUCGGCAUUGUCAGGACUAGUCUUCAGCAUAUAUGGAGCUUCUGUGCUCUACUGGGGUGGAAGUGUCGUUGCAGCUGUAUGGUGUGUCAUUUACUCCAUCAUCCAGCGCUGCUUGCCCAAGAAAGAAAAAGUUAAGUAUAUCAGACUCCUGAGGAAGGAGGAGAAUGACUCCUCAGAUGGAGAGGAUGAUUGGCUUGAGAUGGCUUUAAAAGACCAGUAAUUGUUUUCAAAGAAUCUCAUUUAAUGUUGUACAAAAUUUGUUUAAGAUGCCAGAGCUAGAAAGGGAAAUAACAUUGAGAUAUCAAAAUAAUUUCGAUCAUCAUUAUUUGAAACAAAAGUGCCUGAUGUGAGGUACAAAGUCCUGAUGAAAAUGUUUAGGGAGGAAGGGACAGCACAAGUUUAAGUUUAUUCCCUCCCCUCCAUUUAAGUUUCAAGCACUUAGUUUCUGGUGGUAAGCUUUCAUAAUUCCUUUGUUAUUGAUUUUUGGUUUAUUAUAUCUUGAAAAGGAAAUAUAUAAGCAUGCCGAAACCUUCAAGCUGUUGUAAAAUGAGACCAAAUCAGACUUGGCUGAAACUCAACAUUUUAGCUCUUCAUUGAAAUUUGGACUCUGUCCUUUCACCUUCUCUGGUAAUAGUAUACUAUGUUCAGUGCUAAGUUUUUAGACAAGUCCUGUGUUGAUGCCUGUGAUUGCAGACUGUUUGCAAGUUGUAUUGAUCUGAUUGCAUGAAAUAAACAGCAACCAGCUUCUGUCCAGGUGCUCAGAUUUUCAGCUGUUGACUACUGUAUUCUUGCAGCCUUGUGUUGAAAAGGAGCAGGGUGUGGGAAAAAAUGCAAAAAGAUGCCGGAGUUUUAAUGAGAUGAUUAAUAGUUCUUUUUCUUUUUCUUUUUCCAUGAACUGGGGUAUUUAGUGACUAUCAGGGAAACAGGAUUGUGGAUAAUCAUUGGUGUAGAUACCUGGCCAAAUGUUUGAAGGUUAUAUGACAUAAAUCAGCAUCACUUGGCACUAACAGUAGCUGAAUAUUUUUAUUUGAGUGUCAGUAUUACCAUGAACAUGUAUACAAGUUCAUGGUAUUACAAAGUAUUAGAGAAUAACAACUAUGCAUGAGUUUUUUUUCCACAGUGUUGUUGAUAAUGUGGAAUAUUGUUGGACUCCCGUUGUUAUGUUGAUGGGAUUUCAUUUUACAUACACAGAGACAUGGAGCAUCUAAUUCAUAACUGUCACCAUAAAAAAUGUCAAAACUUUUCUUCAUGCAGCUUGAAGUUCAUGACAGCAUAGUAUGCAUGUGCGUUUGUGGUUAUAUGUGCAUGCAUUGUACAUGUGCUUUCAUGCUGAUUUAUCAUCAGUAAUCAAUGUUCUAUGAUUUGAAGACUGUCAUCUUGUCUGUAGAGUCAGUUGCCUCAGGCUAGGCAGGGUGUCCACUUCAUUAUUGAAAGUUGAGCUAAGAGCAUUUAGGUGAGUUCGGGACAUUUGAAACUUAUUCUGCAUUGGAUUUCUAUGGGCAUUUCAUGACUUUUUCUGCUUCCUACAUGUCUCCAGAGUUCAAAGUGCCUUAUGUAACUAUUUUUCAUGAAGACUUUUACAAAAAAUAUCUUGCUCCAGUAUCAUUUUGUUUAAGAUGAAAUCCUGUUUUUGUUUAAUUUUGUAAAGAGAAAAAGCAAGAUGCUCAUUUAGGUCAUUCCAGUAUGCAUAUUUAUGCAUAAACAGUAUUUGUGUAUGGAUUCAAGACAUUCCAUUGUUCAUUGUACCUGGGGCUGAAAGGUGUGCUGGCAUCUCUGCCAUAUUGAAAGCCAUAAUAUAAUUUACCAAAUAAUUAAUUUUCUUGUUGCAAUCCAGAUUUUGUUCUUUUUUUGUUUUUAAUUUGUUACAUAUUUUAUAGUCUCUUUUUGUGUUCUUCAAUGGUUGCUCUCCCUUGAAAUUUUACAUUAAUCACACAUUUUAGUAAAGAUCCACAUUUAAUUUCUCGCACUUGCAAUUCAUGCUCACCCAUGCAUGCUUAUAUAUAACAGUAAUAUUUUGUUAAAGAGUAUGAAAAAUCUUGAUUACAUAAAUGGAUUUUAUGUAAUCUUAAUACUUAUAUAUAAUUAUAAAUUAGUUACUUUAAUCCACAGCUACACAGUGUUGUUCACUUUCGAUUUACAUGUAGAUCAUUUGAAAAAAAUAAUGAUUAAAUAGUUGCAAAUGAUCAUUGUUAUUUCACAAUAAAUUUGUGUAAUGGACUAAGGACUGCUGUAAACACAGAAUGCCUUUCCUUCCACAUUCCUGAAGCAUGUAAGCAAGAGUUUUAAUGCAUGGCAUGUACUAAAAUAUGGUGGAGUUUUUUGUGUGUAUUGCUGAGAACAGUUUCUAAUUAUCUGUGUUAUGGUCUCAUUGUAAUGCCCUUUGGCAUAUACAGAAAAAAUUUAAUCAAUGUGUGAAGUGCAUGUGUGUGUGUGCGCGUUUAAGUGUAAGAACGUUGAUAAUUUUGUGUAUAAAUGGUGGAAAGUGAUCAGAAUGCUUGUCUUAGUGAUAAAGUUUAGUCAUUGCUAUUAUGUGGCCUUCUAUAUCAUGGUACAUUCUACUUGCAUAUAUGCUGUUUGAAUUUUGCAGAACCAUUAAUAAAAUAUACAUGAUAUAUAAACUAUACACAAUAUAUGUACGAAAGAAGAGUGUCAUACAUAAAUUAUUUACAGACUAAAGCAUUAAACCAUGAAUGAAUAUUAUCAAAAUAUUACCAUGACAGUGGAAACUCUUGGAUUUGAUUUAGAUAUUGACACACACAUAUGCAUAUUUACUGAGAUGUUGGUAACAUUUUCAAUGUUGCUUGAAAUCUAAUUGUGGUCCUGACAUUAGUCCAAAGUUUUUGUGUGUGUUUUUUUUAAUUUAUACUUAUUAUUAUUAACUCUUAUUUGAAAACAUACUCUCACAUUAUUCUUUUUAUCGAGCAUCUGGUGGGAAUAAUAAGUACAUGUAAAGAUUUUUGUAUGUCCAUAAAGUAUAAAAGAAAAUUGUGAUCAUAUAGAGAGGCAGAUGCUGAACAUUAUGGAUGUCUGAGUAAAAGGGUAUUGAUAGUGGGACCGUAGAUAAGAGGACUUUAUCAAUGAAGAUCUGGAAACCAAGGGAGGGAGGAAUUAACGAACACGAAAAGCUCUUGGGCUAUUGUCACCACUGACACCAUGAACCAUUCCUCUCCCACUGGAAUUCUGUGAUUGGCAUCAGCUGACAUAAGACUCAUGCCAGUGGAGUGUUUUAUGUCAUUGUUUUUUGCAGUGCAAUGUGAAGCAUUUGAUACUCAGAAAAGUGCACAAUUUGCUUUUGUUUCAAAUAUUUUUAUUUCUUGUUGAAUUCCAGAUUGGUAUAAUUUCAGUAUAUAUAUAUUUUAAGCUAAAGACGGCCAUUUUAUUUGUUUUGUGGAUCUUUGCUAAGUCUGUAAACUGUUUCUUCUGUAUUAAGCCAAAUAUUCAUAGUUAUUAAAACUUUAGAGAACUCUU